GCGGUUCGAGCUGCGGCGUUCCUGCGGCGUUCCGGUGCCUCUCCAAGCUUCGUUGGCCUGCAGUGGUAUUUUGGCUGUGUAUCGGGUGGUUUCAGUGGCGUAAGCACCAUUCCUGUUGCGCUCGUGCCUACCAAUGGAGGUUCCAUCAGGCUGACGAACCCACAAGCCGUCCAGAAGGAACUUAAGACCAUGUCCAACCACUUCCAGACCAUCACUGACGUGCGAGCGUUCGGACGCGGAGGUAUACUGUGUCGGUCACCGGACCAGACCUGUGUUGAAGAUCUACUGAAAUGCACUUCAUUCGCUUCCAUCCCGGUGAGAACUUUUAUCCCGCCUCACCUUGCGUGCACCAAGGGCCUCGUACGGGGCGUAGACUCCCACUUAAGUCCAACUGAAACCCUGGACAAGCUCUCCGCAGCAGGUGUCAUUGCUAUUUAUCGUUGCAAUCGCCUCGUAAAUAAUGAGAGGAUUCCGACAGAGUCAGUAAUUGCCACGUUUGUGGGCACAUCAUGUCCGUCCGAAAUCAAAGUGUGGCCUCUUGUGUUCCGUGUAGAACCACUCGCGUCACGUCCAAUCCAAUGUCAGAAUUGUUGGAGAUUCGGGCACAGCGCAGGAGGUUGCAAGUCGAGCCUACGCUGCCGCACCUGUGGAGAUGGUCAUCCCUCAAGUGAGUGCUCUGCGCAAUCUGAAAACUGCUGCCUCUGCGGGGGAACACACCCAGCAGACUAUUCUAAUUGCUCAGCUCGCGCCCAAGAAACUCAAAUUCUUGAAGUAAUCGACCGCCGUCGUUGCUCCCGAAGAGAUGCAAUUGCAGUCGUUAAAGACAGGGCCUUCGGAUACUCUGGUGUUACAGCCCGCAACACUCCAAGUAUGAAUAUUAAUCUAUCGGAAGCAAUUGACGCUGCUGUUGAAAAGGCCAUGACUAAGGCUAUGGAUAAAUUGGUAUCCAGCCUAUCAGAAUGCUUAGCCCAAAUCAUUUCCAGUCAGAUGAUUCAAAUGUUGCAAGCCACUAAGCUACAGUCCUCAGUACUUAACGCCACACCUAGAAUGCCUAGCAACGACGUAGAAGCGCCUUCUACAUUUACAGAUCACUCGACGGACACUACUCCGCCAAUUCAACCAGGCGAGGGUGAGUCCUCUUCCUCAGACUCCCUUACUGUCACAGAUAUGGAACUUGACGCUCGAGCUCCCAAACGCAUGGGAUCUCCAAUUUCUAAGAUUAUGAAACCGAAACCAAAAAAGAGUCAACCAUCGCCUAUGAAUAAAGAAAGCUUUCUUAAGGCGGCAGUUGCCGCUGCUGUGCGAUCAACACCAUUGGACAGUUGAAAGUACUGCAGUGGAACUGUCGCUCUAUCUUCUCAGCUUUAACAGAUUUGUUUUACCUAUCUCAUCAGCUUAAUCCAGAUGUUAUACUUCUUCAGGAAACUUGGCUAUCACCAGAGAAAAAUUUUCAUUUGAAAGGUUUUCGUUCGUUCCGAUUAGAUCGUAACCCGCGAGGCGGAGGACUAUUGAUACUUGUUUCAAAUAAAAUUUGUCAUAAGGCAAACCUUUCUUUUAAAUUCAUGGACUCCGACUGCGAAAUUUUGGCGAUAGACUUAUGUCUCCCAGGAUAUCAACCAUUUUCAAUUAUUAAUACCUAUUUCCCCACCGGUGUGCAAAGUACGCGUCAACUUGAUAGGGCUGUAGCUGCUUGUAGAAAAGAAAUUUUGUUCGCAGGAGAUUUUAAUUCGCAUCA